AUGGAGCCAAGGAACAAUGUCACUGAAUUUGUCCUCUUGGGGCUCACCGAGAGCCCCCAGGGUCAGAAGAUACUAUUUGUGGUGUUCUUGCUCAUCUACAUAGUGACAAUGGUAGGUAAUCUACUCAUUGUCGUAACUGUGGUCGUCAGCCCAACCUUGGAUGCCCCCAUGUACUUCUUUCUUGGCUACUUGUCAUUUAUGGAUGCUGUCUAUUCCACAACAGUCUCCCCAAACAUGAUUAUAGACUUGUUGUAUGAGAAAAAAACCAUUUCCUUCCAAGCUUGCAUGACCCAGCUUUUUAUAGGGCACCUAUUUGGUGGAGCUGAGAUUUUGCUCCUGGUUGUCAUGGCCUAUGACCGCUAUGUGGCCAUCUGUAAACCCCUGCAUUAUUUGACGAUCAUGAGCCAACGGGUAUGUGUUCUGCUGCUGCUGCUAGCCUGGGUGGGAGGCUUCGUGCAUGCUGUUGUCCAGCUUCUCUUUGUUUACAACCUUCCCUUCUGUGGCCCCAAUGUCAUUGACCACUUCAUCUGUGACAUGUAUCCCCUAUUAAAACUGGCCUGCACCGAUACCUACGUUAUUGGCCUCACUGUGGUUGCCAAUGAUGGGGCCAUCUGCGUGGUCAUCUUUGUGCUCCUACUCAUUUCCUACGUGGUCAUUCUGCACUCCCUGAAGAACCUCAGUCAGGAAGGGAGACGCAAAGCCUUGUCCACCUGUGGCUCCCACAUCACUGUGGUGGUACUCUACUUUGUUCCUUGCAUUUUUAUGUAUGUGAGACCCCCUUCCACCUUGCCCAUUGACAAAUCCUUGACUGUGUUUUACACUGUGAUCACCCCUAUGCUGAAUCCUUUAAUUUAUACUCUGAGAAAUGCAGAGAUGAAAAAUGCCAUGAAGAAGCUCUGGACCCGAAAAAGAAAGUGA